AUGCAUACCUCCUCCUUCAUCCUCUUUUUCGGCCUUCUUGCGUCGGUAGUGAGCGCCGUGACUCUCUACCGAGGCGAUAGUCGUGGCCCUAAGCAAAUCAAAGAGGCCGGGGGCUUCAAGUCCAGGGCCGACCACGAUCAUGCGGAGGGUACAUUAUUUGAGCAUGUGACAAAGCAGCUGAAGCAUCCCAUGAAGAACCGAUACAUCCCCACCACGGUCGAUAUCAACGAAGCCAAGAAACAGGGCGGCUCCAAGUACCUCUAUCACCUCAACUCUGACGAAAUUGAGGAACAAAUCUGGGACGUCGCGGCAGAGUACGAAAAGGCCGGCAAGACGUACCCCUACGCCAGCGAGCAGGAGUUCGCGGUCGAGUACCACAUCCCCUGGGAGGCCAUCACCAAGGUCGAGAGGAAUGUGGACGGCCAGUGGAAGACAAUCAAGCUCUCCAAGCGAGGUGUUGAGCUUUUCGAAGAGAAUGUCUUUGUCGACUGA